GGAUGGACACAUAGGAGAACAUGCCGGGGAUGGACACAUAGGAUAACAUGCCGGGGAUGGACACAUAGGAGAACAUGCCGGGGAUGGACACAUAGGAUAACAUGCCGGGGAUGGACACAUAGGAUGACAUGCCGGGGAUGGACACGUAGGAUAACAUGCCGGGGAUGGACACAUAGGAUAACAUGCCGGGGAUGGACACAUAGGAUAACAUGCCGGGGAUGGACACAUAGGAUAACAUGCCGGGGGAUGGACACAUAGGAUAACAUGCCGGGGAUGGACACAUAGGAUAACAUGCCGGGGAUGGACACAUAGGAUAACAUGCCGGGGAUGGACACAUAGGAUAACAUGCUGGGGAUGGACACAUAGGAUAACAUGCCGGGGAUGGACACAUAGGAUAACAUGCCGGGGAUGGACACAUAGGAUAACAUGCCGGGGAUGGACACAUAGGAUAACAUGCCGGGGAUG